AUGGCAAACACGAACCUGCCGGAGGGCAACCUGAAGCGCCUGGCAUCGACUCACGAGUUGGAGGAGAAAAUGGACAAGAAUCCUUCUUCGCCCCAUGCUGGUGGAUCACCAGAAAACCUCAGCUCUUCUGACAGUGAGAAGACAAUUCGUUUGGAAGAUGUCAAGGAGGAUGUGGCUGCCACUCCAAAGGAUCCCAACACCGAAGAAGAUGAUGGGCAAGAGGAAGUUGGACAAUUCUUCGGUCGAAAGAUGAGGGUUGCCUACGGACCUGGCUAUGGUCCUGGCUCCAUCAGCAGUGACACCUUGGCAGCAUUGCUUGGACCAAUGUUGUUAAAGCCAACCAUGGACCAAUACGCUGCUGGGUUUGCCGAGCACUUGCAGCAGAGUCAGAGUAGCUCAUCAGCAAGCACGGCGCCAGGACAAGGGACUCCUGAUGCUGAUGCGAAGCCACGGCCUGAUGCCAAGCCAAAGUCGAAGAAGUCAGCGAAGAAAGGCAAAGGAUCCAGGUUUCAUAUGGCCAAACGCCAUUGA